UAACAAGUUAGAGUUGAGUGACACAAUCUUUAGUUGUGUCUGUCGAGUCCCUUACCGAAAACUAGAGGCCACUGUCUCUCAUCUCUCUCGUGUGUGUGGCUUUUGUUUAUCCCAAACACAGCGAUACAAGAAAAAGCUCAAAAACAUGGCUGCAGAGUCAUUUCAAGUAGCCACUUCUUCAUUCUCUACUCUCAAUGCUUCUCACCGGAGGAGGCCAACCCUUCUUUCUCCCGUUCGUUUCAUGUCUUCAGGAAUGUCUUUUCCCCCUCAACAACACUCUCGUUCAUCACAAUUCCUUGGAACAACUACUCGAAUUAACUCCAAUUCAUCUCAUCUUGGUUCAAGAAGAACAAGAAGAAAUUUCUCAGUUUUCGCUAUGUCUGUUCCCGAAGAUGCAAAACGUACUGUCCCAUUGAAGGAUUAUCGCAACAUUGGCAUCAUGGCUCACAUAGACGCUGGAAAGACAACUACAACCGAACGAAUUCUCUUCUAUACCGGAAGAAACUACAAAAUUGGAGAGGUACACGAGGGAACAGCAACAAUGGACUGGAUGGAACAAGAACAAGAAAGAGGGAUUACCAUUACUUCUGCUGCAACCACCACAUUUUGGGAUAAGCACAGGAUCAACAUCAUUGAUACUCCUGGUCAUGUCGACUUCACCUUAGAAGUGGAGCGUGCUCUUAGGGUGUUGGAUGGAGCUAUAUGCUUGUUUGACAGUGUUGCUGGUGUGGAACCACAAUCAGAAACCGUGUGGAGGCAAGCUGAUAGAUAUGGGGUCCCUCGAAUUUGUUUUGUCAAUAAAAUGGACCGUCUUGGCGCAAAUUUUUUCCGAACAAUAGACAUGAUAGUGACAAAUUUAGGUGCUAAACCACUUGUACUUCAGCUACCAAUUGGUGCAGAAGAUAGCUUUAAGGGAGUUAUUGAUCUCGUUAGGAUGAAAGCUAUAGUUUGGGGUGGAGAAGAACUAGGUGCCAAGUUUUCUUAUGAAGAUAUACCUGCAGAUCUCCUAGAUCAGGCCCAGGAUUACAGAUCUCGGUUGAUUGAAGCCGUAGUUGAGUUAGACGACGAGGCUAUGGAGAACUACCUAGAAGGAGUUGAACCAGAUGAAGAAACUGUAAAAAAAUUAAUCAGGAAGGGAUCCAUAGCUGCCACUUUUGUGCCAGUGUUGUGUGGAUCAGCUUUCAAAAACAAGGGAGUCCAACCAUUGCUAGAUGCCGUAGUGGAUUAUCUACCAUCACCACUUGACGUACCGCCAAUGAAUGGUACCGACCCUGAAAAUCCAGAAGCAACAAUAGAGAGGAUAGCAAGUGACGAUGAACCAUUUUCUGGACUAGCUUUUAAGAUCAUGAGUGAUUCAUUUGUAGGUUCCCUUACAUUUGUCAGGGUGUAUUCUGGAAAACUAUCUGCAGGGUCUUAUGUACUAAAUUCAAACAAAGGGAAAAAGGAGAGGAUUGGUAGACUUCUAGAAAUGCACGCAAACAGCAGAGAAGACGUUAAAGUAGCUUUAACCGGGGAUAUUAUUGCUCUUGCUGGUUUAAAAGAUACUGUAACAGGUGAAACAUUGUGUGACCCCGAGAGCCCAGUUGUUCUUGAGCGGAUGGACUUCCCCGAUCCUGUUAUUAAGAUUGCGAUUGAACCCAAAACUAAAGCUGAUAUUGACAAGAUGGCAGCUGGUUUAGUCAAGCUUGCACAGGAAGACCCUUCUUUCCACUUCUCCCGUGAUGAAGAGAUAAACCAGACAGUGAUCGAAGGAAUGGGAGAAUUGCAUCUUGAAAUCAUUGUCGAUCGUCUCAAAAGAGAAUAUAAGGUAGAAGCUAAUGUUGGUGCUCCCCAAGUAAACUACAGGGAAAGCAUUUCCAAAACCACGCAAGUAAGAUAUGUGCACAAGAAACAAUCAGGCGGACAAGGUCAGUUUGCAGAUAUAACCGUACGUUUUGAACCCAUGGAUCCAGGUAGUGGAUAUGAAUUCAAGAGUGAAAUCAAAGGAGGUUCAGUUCCAAAAGAAUAUGUUCCUGGUGUGGUUAAAGGAUUGGAAGAGUGUAUGAGCAAUGGUGUUCUAGCCGGCUUUCCGGUUGUUGAUGUACGCGCAGUACUUGUGGAGGGUACUUACCAUGAUGUGGAUUCAAGUGUGUUGGCUUUCCAGUUGGCAGCGAGAGGAGCUUUUCGGGAAGGGAUGAGAAAAGCCGGUCCAAGAAUGCUUGAACCUAUAAUGAAAGUUGAAGUUGUUACUCCUGAAGAACAUUUAGGAGAUGUAAUCGGUGAUCUCAACUCAAGAAGAGGACAGAUCAACAGUUUUGGUGACAAACCAGGUGGACUCAAGGUUGUUGAUGCACAAGUACCUCUUGCUGAGAUGUUUCAGUAUGUCAGUACACUAAGAGGGAUGACAAAGGGCCGUGCAUCCUACUCAAUGCAAUUAGCGAUGUUUGAUGUGGUACCUCAACACAUUCAGAAUCAACUUGCAACAAAAACGCAAGAAGUUGCGGCUUAAUGUAUUUUCUUGGUGUCCUAACCAGGAUUACCUUCCCUUUGAUACUUGUAUUAUGUUCAUUGUCCUAUAGUUGUUUUAUUUUUUGGGGGGUAUUUUUUAUUGUAAUUUUUCUUGUACUAAUACAAAGGUUAGCCAAAAAAACACAUUCAGAUGGAAAAAGAAAACCAUAAAUUUUUCUUCCGUGAACUGUUACUGGACAAAUUUUGGUCUAUUUGUUUUUGCUUUUUCGGGGAUAAGCAAGGCGUGGAAAUUCGGAUUUUGCAGAACCAUAUGAAAAACACAUUGUUAUUUACCUCUAUUUUUGCAGUUCCCAAGUGCAGCAGUUAUGCCUCUAUUUUUGUAAUGGAUUUUGUUUGGUGAUCUUGCUUAUGUGUGUAAUCCUUGAACAACAUGAAUUAUUUGGACUGUUUAAAUUUUGUGAA